AAAAAGUAUCAUAAUUUUAAAAAAAAAAAAAAAAAAAAAGAGAUCGGAACCUUCGGGUGCUUGCCAUCUGAAUCUCUUUCUUGAGCCUUGCAAACACAGCCAAAACCCAGGUGCAGACCACGGAGGCUUGUAGUGAGAUAAAAUCAUUUGACCUUACUGAGUAAAAGGAGGGGGAAAAGUGCCACUUGGUCACGUGUAAUAGUCAGCAAUUAGAUUGUAUUGGCCCUGUGUAAAUGUACUAAGGCAUACUUCUAAAUGAGCUUAAUGAGAGGGCUCUGCCUGAAAGCUCUCGCUUCAACUAUCUAGACGGGAAGGUUUAACAAAAUAUUUCUUCUGUCUUGCAAGCCCUGCCUCAUUUUUACACGCUCAAGCCAUUGCAGGUUACAGCACUGCUGUUUCACAAAGGCAGCUUUGCCAUUUGUUUUUCUGUUGGGAUGUAUUGUAAGAUGCUCUGUAUCUCUAAUCAUCCUUCAAUCUCUUUUCUGUAGUUUUUCUACAAUAUCCUUCUGCAAUGUGUGCAUGCUAGGUUAUCCCGGUACUCAGGAAACUGUGUGUGGAGUUUUCAUGAUGUUUUCUGUUUUGCCUUUUGUUCUGUAUUUAGUAACUCGGGUAUUCUGUUUGCUCUUUGAUUGUCCUAAAUAAUAUUGUACUGUCAAGACACCGUCACUCUGGCAGUUUGUUUCUUUUACGGCUGUGCUGAAGAUUUUACGCACCGCUACAGGUGUAUAGAAUGGAAACUUUCUUGCAGUGUAUAAAGUAGUCUUUUUUUCCUCUGUAUUAUUUUUCUUAUUGCUUUCUUUUAUGCCAGGUUUGGUCUACAAGGAAGACUUCCUCAUGUCUCUCAGCUUGAUUUCUUUAGGAAUCUUGAUAAGGGAUGUUUUUGAAAGAUUUGGGGAAAUUCAAGUACUUAAUAUUGUCUGGCUGGUAUUCACUGACUCUUUUUCAGAAAAUUCUGAUGGAACCAUUAGGCAUGACUUUUCUGUAUGAAAAGGAAAAAGAAAAAAAAAUCUAUGAAAGUUAUUAAUCCAUGUUUACUCACUUUGCUCAUUUACUUUCCUACAGGAGUAGUAAGACUUCAUUAGUCUGUGGUUUCUCAGGUACUCUCAGAUUCUUUGUAAGAUAUUUGAUGUGCUCUGUUCUCAUGGCACCAAAUUCUGACUGAAACAUGUUAUAGUUGAACAGUUUUAAGGGUCUUUAAAAGUGGUAUUGUACAUUAAAACUAUAAACAUACGAUACCACAUGUUCAGUGUUAUAAAUAUCUCUUAUUAGCAUUUGAGUUCAAGGGUUCCUCAGAUGUAUCACUGGUAUAGGAAAAAUAGGAAAAUAAUAAGAACCUCUGUAUUUAAAAAGAAGAUAAAAUAGUCAAAGUUUAGGCAUUUCCCACCCCCCAGCUUCCCCUCUUCUCCCUUCCAUAUGAAUCAAAACUGAGAUUUAACAUGAGUCCCACAUCAAUUUCAGUGGUUCAGAAUCUCUUUUCUCAGGAGCAGCUGUUGUUGAAAUAGACAAGAUUGCCCAUUUUCAGUUUGGGGGAGCUUUUACUUCAGGUCUGUUUAAUAUGGUGUUUUUCCACACUUCUAGCUGUGUAUCAUCAUCUUUUGGCAUUUCACACAGGGGAGGUCUGUGACAUUAUUUUACUUGUGAGGAGAAUUAAAAAAAAAAAAAAAGCAGUAUCUUCUAAAAGCAGAGAAAUUUAGCCACUUAAUCGUGUGCAGAAGAAAAGGCAGACCUAUGCUGUUCCAGAGAAAGAAGGUGGGGGAAGAUGCAAAGCAGCUUUUAUAAAUUGUAUCAUGAAACAAAUAAUGACUGAAACAGAGCAACUCCUACCAGAGUUAUCCAGCAUCCCUCAGCCAGUGAGACUAUUAACUAUGAUGUUAAGGCUUUUGGAUCCUCUCUGCCUGUUAAGGUUAUGGAAGCCCUGAAGAAGGCUGAUGCUGAUGACCAGCUGAGUGUUCAAGUGGAUGAAAGUGGAUGGGCCUGGCUAGUCCAUAAAGAGAGGCUGAUUAUUUGGAAGAUUGGUCAAUCUCCAGUAGCUAAGUUAUCUCUGUGCAAGGAACUGCAGCUGCCACCCAGUGACUUCCAGUGGAAUUCUAGUUUAGCAGCUAUAUCUUGUCUCACCUCCUCAGGUGAAGCGCCUUCUCUGCAGUCUCUGGCAAUAAUGGUUGCUACCAGUGAAGGUUCUGUGCGCUACUGGCCCAAUCUUGCACAUGAAGGUUCCUAUACAGAGGCUUUCACAGACUUUGGAGGCUCUCUGUGCAGUUUCCUAACAGCAGUAAAGGGAGGAAGCUUUAUUUUAUCAUCUUCCAGAGGCCAGCUAGUUCGACUGAUACCAGAUAGUUCUGGCAAGAUUCAUCAGCAUGCCCUGCCACAGGGUCAGGGCAUGUUUUCUGGAAUUGGUAGGAAGGUUUCUUCUCUUCUGGGUAUAUUGUCUCCUGGACAUGAUGCUGUGAUUUCUAGCGUUCUUUGGGAUGAAGAGAGAUCAAGCUUUUAUAUGCUAACAAGUUCAAAUCUAAACAAAUGGGAGAUUGAUGAUUCAUCAGAACGUUAUAUCCUCAGCUGGGAUAUCAACAGGAUCCUGAAAGAACAUAUUACAGAUGCAAUUUGGGGUUCUGAAAGUAACUAUGAAGAUAUUAAAGGAGGAGUAAAUAUACAGUACAUGGAUUUGCAACAGAAUCGUGAUGGGCUGGUGAUACUUGCUGCAGCAUGGCAUCCUGGAGAUCGUCCAUGUCUUGUCUACUACACUCUGAUAACAGUAGAAGAUAAAGGCUACCAGAUGUCUGAUGACGUUGUUGUGGAGGUCACACAGUAUAAUCCAUCUUUUCAGUCAGAAGAGGAAGUGUUGUGCUGUCUGGUAGUCCCAGAUUACUUUAGUCAUGCUGCUUACCUCUAUAAGGAAGAUGAAGUGUUUGCUUGUUCCACUGGAACUGGAAGAAUUUCUUUACCACAGGAGAAGAUCAUAUUUGGCAUACAAGGAGAUAGCAUCUUAGGAGCAGGUUCCUGUACUAGCCUCCCCAUCUUCUUUACCAAAAAGAGUGGACUUAUCACUAUCUUGUCCAGGGAAAACAUUUCUGUGCUUCCUGAAGACCUUGAAGAUUCCCUGUCCUCUUCUGUUGCUGGACCAAGAAGUGAGAGUCCUGCGUUUGACACAACCAGUAGGCUAGAAAUCAUAGCUCAAGAAGACAAGACUAAACUACUGAAAGCUGCUUUUCUACAGUACUGCAGGAAAGAUGUAGUCAAUGCACAAAGCAUGGUAGUUGAGCUCUUUCCAGGUAAUGCAGAUCUGGAUUCUGAUGUUGAACUGGAUAAGGCAGUGACUCAGAUCAGUCUGGACUUAAUGGAUGAUUACCCUGCCUCUGAUCCAAGAUGGGCUGAAUCUGUACCUGAAGAAGCAGCUGGUUUCAGCAAUACAUCUCUCAUUCUUCUUCAUCAGCUAGAAGAUAAGACAAAAGCACAUUCCUUCUUCAUUGACUUUCUUCAUCAGGUUGGUGUAUUUGAGCGUCUGGGCAGUUUUCCAGUACGAGGGAUGCCCAUGGCAACUCGAUUGUUGCUCUGUGAGCAUGCAGAGAAACUGGCAGCAGCUAUUGUUCUCAAGAAUCACCACUCCAGGCUGCCUGAUCUAGUGAAUGCUGCUAUACUGAUAGCGUUAAACAAAAGGGAGUGUGACAUUCCACCCAGUCUUACCCCUGCAGAUGUGUUCUUUCGAGAGGUGUCCCAGAUAGAUUCCAUCUUUGAAUGCUUGCUAGAAGAAGAGGAACAAAUCCUGAAAGAUAUGCCUAUUGAAUCAAUUGAGUGGGCCCAGAUAGUUGUCAAUGUGAACAACAUCAUUAAGGACAUGCUACAAGCUGCCUGUCAGUAUCGUCAGUCUAGAGCCUCUUUAUAUAAAACAGGAGAGCUUCCAGAAAGAGAACCUGAAUACAUUCCAUGGACCGCAUCUAGCGGCGUUCGUGCAGCGAUAAUACGUCAGCAUGGAAUCAUUCUGAAGAUGGUGUAUCCCCAGGUGGACAGCAACCUCCGUAGCAUUGUGGCUGAACAGUUGGUGGCACUACUGGAUUGUUUUCUAGAUGGUUAUGUUUCUCAGCUGAAAUCUGUGGACUGCCCUGCUGAUCAAGAGAGAUACAGUAAUGUGGAAAUGGAAUAUGUGCAGAAAAGAGCAGAACUCCUGUCCCCUCUCCUUUCCCUGGGACAGUAUCAGAUGGCAGCUGCUUUAGCAGAGAAGUACUGUGACUUUGAUAUCCUGGUGCAAAUGUGUGAGCAGACGGACAACCAGGCCAGACUGCAACGUUACAUGAAUCAGUUUGCAGAUCAGAAUUUUUCAGAUUUCCUGUUUCGCUGGUAUUUAGAAAAAGGAAAGCGAGGGAAGCUGUUAUCCCAGCCUAUUGCUCAGCAUGGACAGCUGGCCAGUUUCUUGCAAGCUCAUGAGCAUCUGAGCUGGUUACAUGAAAUCAAUAGUCAGGAUUUCCAAAAGGCUCACAGAACGUUGCAGACUUUAGCAAAUAUGGAGACCCGAUACUUUGCAAAGAAGAAAACACUUCUUGGCUUGAGCAAAUUAGCCGCGCUAGCAUCUGACUUCUCAGAAGAUAUACUGCAAGAGAAAAUAGAAGAAAUAUCGGAACAGGAACGCUUUCUGUUACAUCAGGAGACUCUUCCUGAACAAUUACUGGCAGAGAAACAGUUGAACCUCAAUGAUAUGCCAGUGUUGUCUGCAUCUCAGCUCAUUGGUAUAUACAUAUGUGAUGAGAACAGAAGGGCCAAUGAGUAUGACUUCAAGAAAGCACUUGAUCUACUGGAAUAUAUCGAUGAGGAAGAGGAAGUGGAUGUAAACGAUCUUAAACUUAAAAUUCUCUGUAAGGCUCUCCAAAGAGAUGGGUGGUCCAGUUCAGAUGGUAAAGAUGAUCCAAUUGAAGCAUCUAAAGAUAGUAUAUUUGUGAAAAUAUUACAAAAACUAUUGAAAGAAGGAGUUCAGUUAAGUGAAUAUUUACCGGAGGUGAAGGACUUGCUGCAAGCGAACGAACUUGGCAACUUGAAAUGUAAUGCUUACUUCGAAUUCGUGUUAAAGGCAAACUAUGAACUCUACGUUCAGGGACAAGCAUGAUUCUCACUAUUUUUUUUGUUAAAUAUUUUUUUCUAAAGAACUGUUAAAUUCCUGUAUACUUUUUUAUGUUCUGUUCUUUUUUUUUUCCUAAAACUUUGUAAUAAAAUCUAUACGAGUAAUAUACUUGGUCUUACAUUUAUAGACAAUGGCACUUAAGUCAGGAGGGACAGAAGUGUGUUUUCAGGCAAAAGAGAAAGUUCUCUGUUUCUGUGCCUUUCAGAAACUUGCUGUUUCGUUUUAUGUCCUCAUUGGUAUGAGUCCUGCCUGAGGCUCAAAGAUGCAGAGACACAUGGGGUGAGAUGUGGGACCCGCUGCAGAAGGUGGAAACUUUCGCUCCCACUUCACUGGGGCUGUGAUUUCAGUUCAGAGAACGUACUGAAAGCAUUAAUGCUGGGUGACUGCCUGGCUUCCUGAAGAACCAAAUGAUCAUUCUGUAACAUAACUCUACUCCCCCUCUGUACAACGCUUUUUGCUGUAGAGGCUGGGAAAUUUCAAUUUUGCAUUAAAAGAUACGGGCACAAAAAGGAUAACUGGCUUGUCGCUGGGCACUCGGCUUGGCCGUGUCUGUGACAGAAAGGAAUAAAGCACAGUUCUCACUCAAAGUCCUCUGGUCCAGUAAAUACACCAUUCUUUCAGUUAGUAUCUGUAAGAUUAAACUUCUUCAAAACAUGUUAACAUUUUAUCUAUUUAGCUCUCAUUUAAGUUAUAUCCAGAUUUCUAGAAUACAUGUAAAAAUGAGAUUAACAGCUCACCAUGCAGUCAUUCACAGCAACUGCUUGGACCUAGGCUCAGAAGAAACCUAGAAAGCAGUUAGGAAAGUGUGGGAGUCCAGC